AUUCAGUUCGGUAUAACUCUUUUGCCUAUUCUCGAUUACUACAUAGCUACAUAAUCAUGGCUCCCUCCACCAAUGACUCUCCAGUUGGCAUUUCCACCUCACCAUUCGCCUGCAGAGUAGGCAUCAACGGCUUUGGUCGGAUAGGCCGCAACCUCCUCCGCGCAUCCCUCGUCCGCUCAGACAUUCAGGUCAUAGCCAUCAAUCACACAUGCAUUACAGUCGAAGACCUCAUCUACCUCAUCCGAUAUGACUCUUCCAUGGGAGACCUUGACGAUGGAACAUCUAUCCAAAUAAAAUCCGAAAAUCUCAUUAUCAUAGACGGCAACCCCAUUACCUUGACCUCUGAGCGCGACCUGAAGAAGCUUCAAUGGGAUGCUCUGGGUGUCGACUAUGUACUCGAAUGUACAGGCAAAUUCACAAAGUCGCACCAAGCUAUAGAACACAUCACCUAUGGAAAGGCAAAACGAGUCUUGAUCUCUGCACCCUCUGAUUCGCCCACCUUUGUCUAUGGCGUUAACUCCAACUCGUACCGUCCUACUGAGGAGAACCUGGUCAUUUCUAAUGCCAGCUGCACAACGAACUGCGUUACGCCGGUGUUGAAGGUGCUUCAUGAGAAUUUUGGUGUCGCUCAGGGGUUUUUGACGACUAUUCAUGCUGCUACUCGGUCUCAGCAGGUUCUGGAUGGGUAUAGCAAGAAGAACCGUCGGCUUGGUCGUGGUGUCUUCAACAACAUCAUCCCGACAACUACUGGCGCUUCAAAGGCCGUUGCUUCAGUGCUGCCCGAGCUAAGCGGCAAGGUGACGGGCGUAUCGAUCCGUGUACCGACGCCCAAUGUCUCAAUGAUCGACCUUACAAUCAGCACCGAAAAGCCCACAUCCCUCUCAGAAAUCAUUUCUACCUUCCGCGUCGCAUCCAAGUCCAGCAUGGCUGGCGUGUUGAGGGUUACAGAUGAGGAGCUCGUAAGCGCUGACUAUAACGGAAGCCCAUAUAGUGCGAUCAUCGAUGCACCAGCAUGUUCGGAGCUGAAUCCUCAGUUCUUCAAAAUCAUGGCAUGGUACGAUAACGAGUGGGGUUACUCGAAUCGUCUUCUGGAUCUGGCGACACAUGUCCACGCUGCUCAGAACAUGCAAUAA